GGUUCAAUGACAAAUAAAGUAACAACCAAAAGGCAAAAGUCGAGCAUCGUUUCACGCUUUCUGAUUGCAAAAGGGUUUGUCCUGAGUCCUAAUCUCACUUAUCAGCUUUUCUCUCUUUCCCUUAUUCUGUUGAUUACAGAUUAUCGAUUCUGAAGGAGGCGAAAGACCAAACUACCAACAAGUCGACCAGUCAUCCGACGUUGAUCUCUCCUGUUAGUCUAGCUCCAGCUCCAGUCCCUCAAGUUGAAGAUCCUACCUCGAGCACACCUGAAGAAGGCUCAUAGCUAAAAAAAGUUGAAACCUUAGUAUUAGUCCCAACUAACGACCCUUGGGCAGCAAUAGAGGUUCUCCUCUAGACCACGGGUACUGAAGCAAUUGCCGCCAAAAACGACUAUGUCAACUUCCAGAUGGAGCUUAAAGCUAACCAGGAAAUAAUCAAACUCCUCAAGUCCUCUUAUAACAGCAAGGAAGCCCUUCUUUCUGAUGCAAUGAAAACCAUCGAUGGCAAUUCCAAAUAUCAGGAAAAACUCAAGAACGAUGCAAUGGCCGCGAGAGCUGAACGGAAGGCCAUGGCAACAGAGCGGGACGCUGCUAUCGCCGAGCAAGAUGCUACUGGUGCUGAACGGAACGCUGUGGUCUCAACACUCCAAGAGUUGAAGGAACAGACGUUUGACCACAUGAGUCAAUCAGCCUCCGUAAGCGCCGCUAUGUUGCUUGGUAUCCUCAAGAGUUACAACCCUGUACUCGACACUUCAGUAGUGAUAGUGUGGUUUAACUAUAUCACUAAAGAAGCAGCAAAACUUGUUCUUAGCGUCGAGCUUGUAGUCCAUGCCUUUGUCGAGUCACUAGGGCUCAGCUUACCUGAUGAUGACAGUGAGAAGUGUCCCUUGAGCUAA